AUGUCCCAACACAUAUCCUUCCCGGUCAAACGUAUCUGCUGGUCCCAGUAUGAGCACGAGACGCCGAUUCUUCUUCAAGAAGCCAACGGUCCGUGUCCUUUAAUUGCCCUAGUCAACACGCUUCUCCUACAGAACGAUGUCCAUAAGUUGGAGGCGGAGCUCAACCCAAAAAGCAACUCCAACAACGUGGACAGCAAGCACAUUGAGAGCGUUGCAAAAGUCAGGCUGCUUUUGAAUAGAAACUUAGACCUGAGAGUGGCCCUUAGUGAAGUUUUGGCCUGUUUGGGAGACGUUUUGCUUGACAUAUACAGAGACGAUGACUCGAGCGUGGUGAAUAAGCUUCUUGAGAGUCUUCCUCUUUUGCACACUGGCUUGAGUGUGGAUCCGAACUUGUACGAGGGGGGUUUCGCUCAAGGCGAUCUUGGGCAGCAGAUGUUUGAAGCGUUUGGCCUAGUGUUCGUGCACGGGUGGCUCUGGGACCCUUCUGAAAACGUGCACGAGGAGCACUUCCGUAAAUUGGCCACGUUUGACCGGAUUCAGGACUUUUUACUCAAUCCUAAGGAGGACCCUGUUGUGAAGGCGGACCUUCACCAAUGGCUUGAUAGACACAGCACGCAGUUGACUGCUCAUGGGUUGAAGGUGUUGGAUGCGAGGUUGGAGGCGGGGUCGUUGGCGGUUUUUUUCCGAAACAAUCACUUCCUGACCAUAUAUAAGGCUCACGAGCACGACUUCUACCUGCUCAUCACAGACUCGUCGCUAGCGUCCAACAAGUGCGUGUGGCAGUCGAUCAUCUCUGUGCUGGGCAAGGACGACUUGUUCUUCACGGGCGACUUUGUGCCGCUUCUGGAGAACUCAGAGCUGGGUCCGUUCGAGCUGCAUGAGGACUUGGAGCUAGUGCGCCAGCUUCAGGAGGAGGAGGAUGCUGCCAUGGCCCAGAGAAUGCAAAAACGGUACGAUGAUAGGCAACCCAAGACUUUGCCCAAGGAGCUAGAGAAGCCAAAGGAGAAGAAAGGCAAGAGGCUGGAGGUGUGCCAAAGAAGGGCAAACUACUGUGUGUGA